AUGAACAACGACCAGCAGCAGCAGCAGCCGACGUCCACCAGCGGCCGAGGCGAGGGCUUCAUCAACGAGGAGGAGAUCGAGGAGGAGAUUGAGCUGGACAGCGAUGACCAACAAAAGAAUGGAACUAAAAAAGUCGGAGAUUUCAAAGUAGAGGACCUCCUGGAAGAGCUCGCCGAAGACAUGGACGACGAUGGGGAGGAGGAGGAGGAGGAGGAGAUCGUGGACGACGCCAUCGGCAUCUUCGAGGGCCACGACGAGGCGGUGCUCUGCUGCGACGUCAGCCAGGAUGAUCGCCUGGUGGUGACCGGCGGCCAGGACGACCGGGCGAUCGUCUGGGAGGCGGCCACCCAGGCGCCGCUCUUCACCAUCCGCGGCCACAAGGACUCGGUGGUGGUCGCCCGCUUCAACGCCACCUCCAGCCUGGUGGCCACCGCCGACAUGGCCGGCCUGGUGCAGGUCUUCGACACCGCCGGCGAACGCCGCUACGACUUCGAGGUGGACGACAUCAACUGGAUGCUCUGGCACCCGGUCGCCGAACAGGUCCUCCUGGCGGGCACCAAGGCGGGCGACGCCUGGAUGUGGAAGCUCUCCGCCACCAGUCCGCAGACGAAGACCUUCCAGUCCUUUGGCUGCGAGAACAUGGUCGCGAAGGCCUUCAAGGACGGCAAACGGGUGGCGAUGGGCUACGAGGACGGGACGAUUCGCAUCUGGGACCUGAAGGAGGUGGCGGUGGUGCACACCAUUUCGGGCGCCAUCGCCCACCGCGAGCACGUCAUCUGCAUGGACCUGAACGCCGACGACAGCCUGCUGGCCACCGGCUCACUCGACUCCACCGUCAAGGUCUUCAACACCGCCACCGGAAAGCCCGUGCUGACCAUCUCCAUCGUCGGGCACAAGCAGCCGGUUCCGCCGGCCCUUCUUCUGGCGCGGCAGCAGCAGCAGCAGCAAAAACAACAGCAAAAGUCAGCCGAAAAGUCGGCCACCGCCGGAGAUGGUAGUCUUCAAGAAG